UAAGUUGACUGUUAAUCCAUUAUUGAAGGAUUAAGUAACUAAAAAGCAACAAUUAAUUUUAUUGAAUGGUGAUUUCUUUCUUUCUUCCUUUAAAUGAGGUAUAUUUUGAUUAAGGUUUAAGCACUUUAAUGUUAUUAUAUUAUUAUUUAUUGAUGUCAUUUAAGUAAUUGUUGGCCUACAGUAGCAAAUAUAUUUGAAUAUAUUAAGUUGAUUGACUGGAUAAUUGAUUGAUUGAUUGAUUUUACAGGUUCCUCAAUGGAAAAAUAUCAAGGCAUUACCAAGUCCUCAUAAAGAUGUGAUUCAGAAGGUGUCAUUCCUAAAGAACACGUCACGUUACAUAGCAAUUAGCAAGGAGGGCUGUAUUUCAACUUGGGACAACCAACUACACCGUCAGAAAACCAUCAAGAUUCACAAUGAGUCAGUGAAGCCGCGAGACAUGUGGGUGACAACAUUUGCAGUUCUGCAAAACAUCAACAAAAUAGCUCUUGCAUUUACAAGUAAAGAGAUUGCUUUCUAUGACUUAAGUUCUAAAUUAGAAUUUAAUUGUCAAUACAAAGUCACAGGCCUUGAGCACACACCAUUAAGCUUGGAUUACUGGAGUGAUCCUGAGAAUGCUAAUCAAGCCACAAUGGUGCUGGGUGAUACCGGUGGCUUUGUCUAUGCAUUUCUCUUUCAAUCAGUGAAUAUAUCUUUGUUUGACCGCCCACACCAACCUGCAGGAGAAAGCCAAGAACAAACAAUCAUGGUUGACUUCAAGAAACUUCAUAAAGGAAAGUUUAAGAACUGCAGACUUGUAAAACAUAACGGACAUAAGGAUUGGACAAGGCAAGUUAAGUAUGCUGAUCAUCUUGAGUGCUUCAUCUCCUGUGCUACCACUUACGAGAAUGCUUUAGUACUAGGCUGGAUAGAAAAGGCAAAACAGAAAAUGAAAUUAACCACAUUCAAUAUAACGCAAGGUGUAAACAGCUUUGACUACCACAGCGCUGUCAACCUAAUAGCUACCUCUGGAGUGGACCAUCAUGUUUGUUUGUGGAAUCCAUAUGUGAUUUCUAAGCCAGUUGGUGUACUACGUGGACACAUGGCGCCCGUGUUACAUGUACAGUUCAAUGCUUUACGCAUGCAGCUCGUCAGCUUCUCCAAAGACAAGGUGUUGAGAGUAUGGGAUGUACAACUACAAGUGUGCUUACAGCGAAUGGCAGGAAUGUUCCCAAAAGGACCAGAAAUGGCCACAUCUAUGUUCUUCCACGAGGACCGCAAUCGCCUCUUCGUUACAUUCAACUAUCAACUGACUCUCCUAGAGAUGAAACCUGAGGUCAAAGAUCGUACUCUUAGUCAUGAGAAGCCAGUCACAUGUGCAAUUUAUAACUCUACGUAUAAUCAGGUUGUUAGUGCAUGUCAAGGAUCUACAGUGAUUGUCUGGAUGUUGGAUACUGGACAGAAGGCUAAGCAGUUCCUUAACUGUCAUGGUAACUCGGAAAUCACAACACUUGCGUUUGAUCAAAGUGAAACCAGGUUCAUGACGGGUAGUACAGAUGGUACAGUUAAGAUUUGGGAUUUCAAUGGUCACUGCCAUAACAUGUUGAAUGCUGGGAUGGGUACUGCAGUUGAUAUCUACCAACUUCUCACCCUGAAGAGGUCUAUGCUAAUUUUAGGCUGGGACAGGUAUAUAACAGUCUUCAGAAAUCAACAGUUAAAUCAAUUUCAUGUUGAGCCAUCAGAUUGGAAGGGUGGGCAAGAGCAUCAAGAUGACAUUUUGUGCGCAUCAUUUCAACCUCCCAGCACACUGGCUACCGCAAGCUAUGAUGGCGAGAUUGUCAUCUGGAAUACUAACUCCGAGGUAGCCUCAAAACAUCUGAGAGAACGAUUCCUGAAGAAGAGCAUGCGCUCUCGAGAAAAAACAAGACUGACUCUGAAAAGUGAGCCAACUUUUCUCAGCACAUCAAAAUUCACAUCACAGUCAAAUAGGCGUGGGUCAAAGUUUACCAAUCAAGAUGAUGUCCAGUUGUUGCGACAAAACACAAGGCCAGUCAGCAGUUUGAGUGAAGAGAGCGUAGAUGAACAAAAUGACUAUAUAAUCACUAGAGUUGCAUUCCUUGAAUCUCGGAAGAACUCAUCGGCAGCUGGGGGUGCUAAUCUUGUCUCGUGUGGGGGUAACGGCUGGGUCAGGUUCUGGAACUCAAGCAAGAACAAAUUAAUAGCGGAGUUCAUAGCGCAUCAGCAUGUGGGUCUAUUAGUGAUGGCUGUUAGUGAAGAUAACCACUUUCUUGUAACGGGGGAUAAUGAUGGAACCCUCAAAGUUUGGAACAUUCAAGAGUAUUGCUUAAGAGAAUCAGAAAGUCUUGUCACACAACCACCACCUUUAGCAGCCUCCUGGCAACCUCAUGUCGACAUGAUCAAUCACAUUACGCUGUGCGAGAGGAAUGAUCGCUUACUCAUCAUAACAGCCUCUCUUGAUUGCAGUGUCCAGUUGUGGGAUAUCUAUGGUAACCAGAUUGGGGUGUUUGGACAGGAGGAUCACUGGAAGAUUGAGCCAUAUGUCCCACCUCAAGAUGAGCAAAAUCAAAAUGAUGAUGAGCCAGUAGGAACAAAAGAAGAUGAAAUGGAACAGCCAAGUCAGAUGGGUAAUUCUGACAGCUGUGAUUCAGCAGAUGACAUGGGAGGCAUGGACGUUGAUUAUGACUCUCUACCUGAAGGCUUCUUCGAACCACUAACUAAAGUGAGCACGUGGGGAAAGACGAGACUUGGUAAAGGCUAUCAGGAAGUUAGGUCAAGGAAACGAGAGAGGAAACAGCCUGGGACCAUCCCAGACUUGCCGUAUUUGACAUCAGAAAGGACAGGGCAAACACCAGCAGGCCCUUAUGGAGAAAAUCAUGUACCAGUUCUUUGGACUCAGGCAUUAAUCGUGAAUGAAUUAGACACAGUUGGUACCUUGAAGAGGCCAGAUUUUGUUGUCCAUCCUCAUCGGUAUUUCAGAAACAACGAGGAGGAGGGGAAGCAAGACACCAAGCUACCAUCAAUAGCCGACGAACUCAAGACUGCAUUUGACGAGAGAAGUCUCUUUCCAAAGUACAUCCUAGAAUUUGAAGCGAAAAUGAAAACACUGCACAAAGGAGAAAUUGAGGGAGCACUUAACACUCAGAAGAAAGAUGGGCAACGCUCUAAGUCUAGGACAUGGUCUAACAACACAAACUUCACAUCAUCAGUGGCUAGUAUACAGAAGUCCAGUACAAAGCCUGCAAGACUCACUCCAAUUUUAGAGAAACAAAAAAUGCCUUCACGAGUGAAUGAAAUGUUACACAGUACGGAUGAUAACGCAAAGAAGUUACAACCUUUAUUUCAAGGUCGACUCAGUGCACCACGACCAUCCAAGGUGUUUGCAAUCAAUAUGGAGGAUUUGAUUUAUGAAUAUUGAUAAAAUAAUAAAUCAGAAUUUUUUACCACACCAAUUCAAAAAUUAUCAAAGGCGCACGUGAAAAAUAAACCAGACUAAAAAAGCUUUAAAAAAUAA